AUGGACCCAUACAAAGAACCGAUCCCGAGCUUGUCUGACCCUCCCAAGCUAGGUCCAGGACAUUCUCUGACCAAAGUUGAUAAGCUAGAAUUUCUCAUAUUGGUCGAUAACAGUAUCGAAUGGUUCUCCAAACUUCCCGAAGGCUUCAGCCAUGAACUCCCUCAACACCUCCCAAGAGCUCCUCUAGACCCACUCACCAAGGUCCCACUGAUUGACUUUGAACAUUAUUGCUGUGGUGCUCAUGGAUUGUCUAUCUUGCUGAAAACUACGGUCAAUGGGAAAGAGCAUCAGGUCUUAUUGGAUGCUGGACCGGAUGGUAAGACUAUCGAGAGAAAUAUCGAGGCUAUGCAAGUGGAUCUAAAUAAAUUGGAUUGUUUGGUAUUAUCACAUUGGCAUUCCGACCACUCAGGCGGUAUCCCCCAAGUCCUUUCCCUUCGUCCGCCUCAUCAUCUUCCCCUCCGUGUCGACGUCCACCCAGAUCGUCCGAUCAGAAGAGGUAUCGCCCCUCCUCCCACUUAUAUACCCAUAGCAUGUCUCAACCCUGAUCCGACAUUUGAUCAAAUCAAAGGUUUGAACGGAAUGGUUUUUCAAGCCAACUCACCCCACGAGGUAUUGGGGAUGAACUUUGACAAGACGGGUGUGGAGGUGAGCGGGGAAGUUGAGAGGGUGACAGGGUUUGAGAAGGGUAUACCGGGGGCGGUUAGAUGGGUAGAUGAGGACGGGGAUAAAGGGUGGUUUACCGAUGAGCUCAUCAUGGACGAACGAUACAUUACAGUUGAUGUCAAAGGUAAAGGACUGGUGAUAUUCAGUCCUUGUAGCCACGCAGGAAUCUGUAACGUCAUUAUAGAAGCCAUAAAACGACACGACAGACCGAUCCAUAUGGUAGUAGGAGGCUUUCAUCUCGUUCCUUCUCAUUCACAACCAGUAGCGGAAACCAUCGAUUUUCUGAGUAAUAGAAUACAUCCUAAGCCGGCUUAUAUUCUACCGCUCCAUUGUACGGGUAUGGAAGCCCGUGCGAAACUUUUGACUGAAAUGGGAGAGAGAUGUGUGUGUGCGGGUGUAGGGAUGAAAGUUGUGGUCAUGGGGAAUGAUGAUGAUGAGCGGGGAUUAGAUGAGUUAGUAGUCAAGGUGGAUUUAUGA